AUGAAGCGCCUCCUCUGGCUCGCGCUGCUAUUCUCUUCGGCCGCCGCCGUCGAUGACCCGGCCCGGCCAUGGGAAGCCUACAUCAAGAGCCCGUCAUCCCGCGACGUCCCCCCGCAACGAGUUCACGCCGUCUCGGGUGACGCCCAGGUCACGAACGCCCCGGAUGGGACUUACGUCCUCUCCCUCCAGCCCGGCGGCCAAGUCUCCCUCGACUUCGGCUACGUCGGCGGCCUCCUCUCCAUGAACACGCAGACGAACAACACCGACGAAGAAGAUGGACCGCACUUCUCCCUCGCCUUCGCCGAGUCCCCCUCCUUCGUCCGCGCCAUCUCGGACGACACCGGCGCAGUCUACACCCAGGACUACGACAAAGCCCUCAACGUCACCCUCACCGCCCCCGGGAACUCCUCCUACACGAUGCCCACGGAGCGCUUCCGCGGCGGCUUCAAGUUCCUCACGAUCCACGCCUUCGCCCCGGUCCGGAUCUCGAGCAUCGUCUGCCACCUCGGCUACUCCCCCUCGCAGCCCGACCCGAGCGUCUACUCCGGCCACUUCCACACCCCGGACGACGACCUCCUCGUCCGCGCCUGGUACGCCGGCGUCUUCACCGCCCAGACCAACAUCGCGCCACCCGAUACCUCCCGCUGGCUGCCCCAGGUCAAGGACGGCUGGGCCUACAACGCGACCCUCGGCGUCGAGGGCCCCAUGCUCCUCGACGGCGCCAAGCGCGACCGCGCCGUCUGGCCCGGCGACCUCGGCAUCGCCGGCACCACCGCCUACCUCGGCCUCGGCGACGUCGGCCUCGAGUCCGUACACUACGCCCUCGAGACCAUGUUCCUCUACCAGAACGCCUCCACCGGCGCGCUCCCCUUCGCGGGCCCCACCACGGGCUCCUGGCGCCGCGGCGCCCGCAGCGACACCUACCACGCCUGGACCCUGAUCGCGUGCUUCAACUACGCCGUCUUCACCACCGACGCGGCCUGGCUCGACGCGCGCUGGGACAAGAUCGCCGCGGGUGUGGGCUACAUCCUCCGCGCCCUCGCGGCCAACGACGUCGGGCUCGCGGAGCAGGUCGAGACGAAUGACUGGGCGCGCCUCGGCGGCGGGGGCUUCAACAGCGCCCUCAACGCGCUGAACUAUCACGCCCUCGCCUCGCUCUCGUCGCUAGCCGCAGACACGGCCCGCGCGUCCGAUGCAGAGACAUGGUCCGCGGCGGCUGCCAAGCUGAAGACGGCGUACAACGCCGUACUCUGGGACCCGGCGGCCUCGCUCUACCGCGACAACGAGUCCGCCGCGGGCGCGCUCCUGCACCCGCAGGACGGCAACGCGCUCGCGCUGUACUACAACCUGACGCAGUCGCCCGAGCAGGCCUCGUCCGUCUCGGCCGCUCUGCUGGGGAACUGGAACGAGAUCGGGCCCGUGACGCCGGAACUGCCGGAUACCAUCUCGCCCUUCAUCUCGAGCGUCGAGGUACUCGCGCACUACGCGGCGUCCAAACCGCGGCGCGCGCUGCGUCUGAUGCGGCGGACGUGGGGCCACAUGCUCGACUCGCCGGAGAUGACGGGCGCGACGCUGGUCGAGGGCAUGUCAGCCAACGGAUCUCUGUACUACCGGUCGCGGCGGGGGUACAACUUCGACGCGGCGUACACGUCGCUGUCGCACAGCUGGUCGACGGGGCCGACGCAGGCGCUGAGCUUCAAGGCGGUCGGGCUGGAGGUGGUCGGGUGGAAGAAGUGGGUUUUCAGGCCUGCGCUGGGGGAUUUGAAGAGCGCGCGGGCCGGGUGGGCGGGCGGCGGCGGGGAGUUCGGCGCUGUAGUUGAGGUUGACGGGGAUGUGAUUGAGGCUGAGAUUUGGACCCCUGGCGGCACGAAGGGGAGGGUUGAGAUUGCUUGCGAGGUCUUGCUUAUUGAUGGGGAAGUGGUGGAUGGCGGUCAAGUUGAAGGUGGGAAAAUGAAGAUCAGAGGGGAAAAGUGUAGUUUUGGUUGUUAG